AUGCAUAACAACCACUGUAGGUCCUACUACAAGGCCGUUUACGUUCAGCACAGUUGGAAAAAUAACAUCAGUGUCACCGUCAACAACCACAAAUGGAACAACAACAGUUGUAACAUCAAAAACAUUUGUAAGUACGACAACGACGAAACACCUGCAGUCACCACUGGCCCAGUGACAGCCUCUACCACAACUGUUGUUGAAACGACAACGUCAGUGCCAGCUGUCACAACAACAGGCCCAGAAACAACAGUUGUCACAUCAAAACCUUCUGCUAGCACCACAACUACUCAGGUACCAUCAACGUCAACAGAAGGUACUACAGCUACACCUGCUGAAACCACAUCAGAAAAAACAACUGUCAGGGUUGGAACAACAACACCAUUUGCUGUCACCACUGGCCCAGUGACAACCCCUACCACAGCUGCGACCUCAAUAAAAGCACUCACAACAACAGGCCCAGAAACAACAGUUGGUGUUGUCACAGGGAAGCCACAAACUACAAGUUCCGCUACUCAGCCCUCCAUUUUGAAUGCAACAACUGUUGUGACUGCAACUGUGUCUACAGGAAAAACAGCUGAAGCUACAACUACAAUUGGCCCUCUCACACAGACACUUCAAGGCAGUACAAAUGUUUACACAACUGGCGCAACCACUACCCGACCAACCAGAGCCACGGUUGUUUCAACAGUAUCAUUGUUCAUCCCAACUCCAACAUUAUGUGUCUGCAUUUUCAAUGGAACUUCACAUCAUCCUGGGGCUUUGGUGUACAAUGUCACUGAUGGCUUAGGGUGGUGUUAUGUUGGAUUUUGCAAUGCAUCUUGCAAAGUUGAGGUACAAUCCAGUUUAUGUUCCACAACACCGAUACCCAGCACAGCCAGCACAACUUCAGGCUCAGCUCCUCCUAUCACAACUAUUCCUACAUCGACUUCCACCCUUCCAACAACCCCAUCUACAACUACUCUGGACUGCUAUGAUGUGUCUCCACCCAGAAAGAAUGGAGACUCCUGGAAGGUGAGCAAUUGCACCACUGCCACUUGUAUUAAUGGCAACGUCACAGAGAUACCGACUCCCUGUCCCACAGCACAACCCAUCUGUGUUAAUGGACGCCAAGCUGUCAAGGUCUAUGAUGAUAACGGAUGCUGUCCCCGCAAUGAAUGUCAAUGUGUAUGCAGUGCCUGGGGUGGAUCCCACCACAUGACAUUUGAUGGAAAAUACUACAGUUUCAACGAGACAUGCUCUUACUACCUGGUCAAAGAGAUAAUUACUAAAUAUAACCUAACCAUUAUAGUAAAUAAAGCUGCCUGUGAUCCUUCAGACAGCUCAUUCUGUACACAGGCUCUCACUGUUAUGUACCAAUCCCACAAGGUCCUUUUGACUCAGUCAAGAACUUCAGGAACAGCAGCUUUUGUGGUGUAUGUGAAUGAAAAACGGAUCUAUACUGCCUACAAAGAUUCUGUCCUGCACCUCACUGGCACAGAUAUGGUGAUCACAUUGGAGAUACCGAUGAUCAACACAAAAGUGGUUUAUACGAACUCUUCUUUCACCAUUGACAUUCCUUAUUCCCUCUUCCAUGAUAACACUGAGGGGCAGUGUGGGACUUGUGACAACUCCCAGAGCAACGACUGCCGUUUUCCAAAUGGCCAGGUGGAAAGCUGCUCACUGUCGGCAGUCCAAUGGCUUGUCCCAGGUACACCCUGUGUCACCACCACAACCCCACCAACUACUACGACAGCACCCAGGGCCACCUCAAAACCAACAUACUCAAUAACCAAGUCUGUUUGCGAAUCUACCUACUGUGAUCUGCUGUCCAGCAGUGUAUUUGAGCCGUGCCACAAACUCAUACCUCCAGACAAUUUUAAAAGCUCCUGUGUGUCUGACAAUUGCAAUAACAACAACACCUGCUCCAGCCUGGAGGCUUAUGCCACUGAGUGCUCUAAGGCAGGAGUCUGUAUCGACUGGAGGAAUGCUACCAAUGGGCAGUGUGAGCACAAGUGUCCAGACAGCAAAGUGUACCUGGCCUGUGGCCACGCUGUAGAGACUACAUGCAAUUGCAGAUACAACGAGAAGUUCCAGGCAGGUAGCAAGACAUCCACUAUGGAGGGUUGCUUCUGUCCUCAAGGCACCGUCUUAUUCAACUCAGUCUAUAACAAGUGUGUUCCCUCUUGCGACUGUGUUGGACCUGAUGGCAAACCCAAACAGUAUGGUGAAACAUGGACGAGUGGCUGCAAAACCUGUGUGUGUGACAAGGAUUCCAUGAGCAUCCAGUGCCAGCCUGUUCAGUGCCCACUGUCUCAGAGCCCCAACUGCAGCGAGCCUUGCCAGCAGCUGGUCAACAAGACAGAUGGCUGCUGCACAACACAGUCGUGUGAAUGCAACUUAAACCAGUGUCCCACUCCUAUCACCUGCAAUCUGGGCUUCCGACUCAACGUCACCAACGGCACCUGCUGCCAGUCUCACAAGUGUGUUCCUAAAGGUGUAUGUGUCUAUGACAUGACUGAGUACAAGCCUGGUGCCAGGAUACCAACACCAGAAACAACAUCAGAGCCACCUUUAAAAGCACCACCAAAAGCCAGAGAAGCAACAUUGGAAGCAACGACAGAGGAGUCUUUUACACCUGGGCCCUGCCAGGAGUGUUACUGUGGCCCCCAAAUGGAUCCCACCACCCAGCUGAAUCAAAUCACCUGCAAACCUAUCGUAUGCAACACAAGCUGCUCCGAAGGUUAUGAAUAUCAGACCAUACCUGGCAGGUGCUGUGGGAUGUGUGUUCAGAGGAGCUGUUUUUUCACUACUCCUGACAACACAACACAUAUCAUUGAGGUCAACAACACUUUUGUACCCGCAAAUGACAGGUGUGUGCAGUACACCUGUGAGAAGAUCAGCGGAGUACCUAUGACCAAGGAGAUUCAAACCACUUGUCCUCCCUUUAACUCCUUGAACUGUAAACCUGGCACAGAGACAACUGAUGCUAAUGGAUGCUGCAAAACCUGCCGGCUGCGGGGCAUCUGUCAGGUCCAGAGUAAACAGGUUGUCAUCAUGGUCAAUGACUGCAAAAGCAAGCAGCCCGUCAACAUGACAUCCUGCGCUGGACACUGUGGAAGCUCGUCCGAAUAUUCUGCAAAAGCCAACACGACAGUGCGCCAGUGUGAGUGUUGCCAAGAAGCCACCACCAGCCAGAAGCAGGUGGAGCUCUACUGCAGCAGCGGUGCCAAGGUCCAGUACAGCUACACAGUGGUGGAGACAUGUGGCUGCAGCAAAGCAAAAUGUGGGGCAGGGACAACAGCCAACCCACGGGGCAAAACAUGACACUGAUCGAUUACUUACUGCUUUACACUGGACUGGAACCUUACAAACACUAUGCAAGACUUAAACUUAGACCUUCUUACUCUUGUCAGGUUUUAUUAUUUAUAACCCAACAUGUGCUCUUUUUCAGUGUCACAACAUUCUACUGUGCUGUAAACUUUCUUCAGCUCAGAAUUUCUUGAAUGAAAAUUAUUAAAAUUAUAUUUCUGCAG